UCCUCGCCGCUCUCCAGGAGUCCCGCUUCGACCUCGUCGAGUCGCUGUACAAGGAUCUGCUCCUGUCCGGGGCCGCACCGGACGUCUUCACGCGUAACAUUCUGCUGCAGGCGCUCUGUGCUGCUGGCCGCAUGGAGCUCGCCCGCAGGGUGUUCGACGCAAUGCCGGCCAGGAACGAGUUCAGCUUCGGGAUCCUGGCGCGUGGGUACUGCCGUGCAGGGAGGAGUAUGGACGCGCUUGGAGUGCUCAAUUCAAUGCCAAGGGUGAAUUUGGUGGUAUGCAAUACAGUGAUCGCGGGGUUCUGCCGGGAGGGCCUGGUGGAUGAGGCUGAGAGGCUGGUUGAGCGCAUGAGAUAUCAGGGUCUUGAUCCAAAUGUGGUCACAUUCAACGCGAGGAUCUCUGCGCUCUGCAAGGCUGGGCGGGUGCUAGAUGCAUACAGGAUAUUCAAUGACAUGCAGGAAAAUUGGGAGAAAGGUCUGCCAAGGCCUGACCAAGUGACAUUUGAUGUGAUGCUGAGUGGGUUCUGUGAUGCUGGUAUGGUGGACGAGGCAAGAGUGCUGGUGGAUAUUAUGAGGUGUGGUGGGUUCUUGAGGCGGGUUGAGAGUUACAACCGCUGGUUGACAGGGCUGGUGAGGAAUGGAAUGGUUGGGGAAGCACAGGAGCUGUUGAGGGAAAUGACGCAUGAGGGUGUCCAACCUAAUAGUUACACCUACAAUAUUAUUGUUGAUGGGUUGUGCAAGGAGGGAAAAGCAUUUGAUGUGAGGAAAGUGGAGGAUUUUGUGAAGAGUGGUGUGAUGACACCAGAUGUUGUGACCUAUACUAGUUUGCUCCAUGCUUAUUGCUUGGAGGGAAAUGCAGCUGCAGCCAAUAGGAUUCUUGAUGAGAUGGCACAGAAGGGGUGUGCCCCAAAUUCAUUUACUUACAAUGUUCUGCUACAAAGUUUGUGGAAAGAUGGUAGGAUUACCGAGGGGGAACGAUUGUUAGAGAGGAUGAGUGAGAAAGGAUACAGCUUGGAUACAGCGAGCUGCAAUAUCAUUAUCGACGGAUUAUGUAGAAACAACAAAUUGGAUAUGGCUAUGGACAUUGUCGAUGGCAUGUGGAAUGAAGGUUGCUUGGCUCUUGGAAGAUUAGGUUAUUCAUUCCUAAGCUUACUCACUGAUUCUUCCAGCAGCAAAAGAUGUCAUCCUGACCGAGUCACGUACUCUACUCUGAUGAGUGCAUUGUGCAAAGAGGGCAGGUUUGAUGAAGCAAAGAAUAAAUUGCUUGAGAUGAUAGGGAAAGAUAUCUCUCCUGAUUCAGUUAUAUAUGAUACCUUUAUUCAUGGUUAUUGCAAGCAUGGGAAGACUUCUCACGCUGUUAAGGUUCUGAGGGACAUGGAAAAGAAAGGUUGCAAGCCAAGCGUAAGAACAUACAACUUGUUGAUAUGGGGAUUUCGAGAAAAACACAAUUCAGAUGAAAUCAUUAAAUUGAUGAGUGAAAUGAAGGAGAAGGGGAUUUGUCCCAAUGUCAUGACGUAUAAUAGCUUGAUAAAGUCCUUUUGUGAACGGGGAAUGGCAAACAAGGCCCUGCCUCUGCUGGAUGAAAUGUUACAGAAUGAAAUUGUUCCUAACGUAACUUCUUUUGACCUGUUGAUUAAGGCUUUCUGCAAAACUACAGAUUUCUCUGCAGCCCAGAGAGUAUUUGAUGCUUCUCUGAGUACAUGUGGUCAGAAGGAAGUGCUCUAUAGCAUAAUGUGCACUCAGCUCUCCACUUAUGGUAGAUGGAUUGAAGCCAUGAAUGCUCUAGAAAUGGCGCUUGAAUCGAGGAUCUCUAUCCAUAGAUUCCCAUAUAAGCAGAUUAUUGAGGGACUCUGUGAAGUUGAAGAGGCGGAUCAUGCAUAUAGGUUACUCAAGCUGUUAAUGGUUAAGGGCUAUUCAUUUGAUCCAGCAGCAUUCAUGCCAGUGAUAGAUGCAUUAAGUGAAAAGGGAAAGAAGCAAGAUGUUGAUGUGCUCUCAGAGAAAAUGAUGGAAAUGGCAGAGCGUGAUGAUGGUCUUGCAGUUCCUUCUGGCAAGUUUAAGCCUAGAAGCCAGCGGCAUGGACAGGACAAGUAUGCUGAAAGUGAUUGGCAUGCUCUUUUGCACAGAGAUGAUAGUGCUCGCACAAUCUUGAAAAUCACCAAGAGAGUGAAGACAGGAUGGGGUCAAAGAGGCAAUGUUUAUGAGAACAAGCAGCAGCAGAAUGAUGACAUUUAUGUUCUAGAGAACACUGGCUGAAGAUUUGCUUUCAACUGAAAUGAUGUUUGACAAUGAUUGCUGUGCACAGAUGCACAUCCCAUUGAUUUGUGCUAGAUUGGAACUUGGCUGGCUACCAAACGUUAUCCACUCUGAACCGAUAAAUUAUGAACCAGAUGAUACUGGUUGGUAUCAUCGCUGUGAGGCAGCAUGGAGGGCGCAACGGAGUGCGGGGAGGCACGGAGAGGGUGAACAGAGAUCGGCGCCGGCGGCAAGGCUGACAUGGUAGCAGCUCGGGCGGAGAUCGGCGCCGGUGGCGUUGCGCGGGAGAUCAGCUCCAGGGUAGGGGAGCGGCAUGGGGAGAGCGCUGGCGGCGAAGGAGCACGGAUGACGGCGUUGGAGAAGGGGUGCCGGCGCAAAAACUCCUGUCCGGACCGGAGUCCGUGACUUAGGUUUUUGUUUGAUUAUUCAUCAUUGGCAAAACUUGUUUGAGGUUUGGUGGGGAGAAGUAUGCAAGAAGGAAAUGAAAUUGAGUACUCAAGCAUUCAGCAAUAAUGUGAUUUUAGCAUAGAUAUUUGUUCAGUGCAAUGUGUUUUUUGGCUCAAUUGUUUGUUCAGUGCAAUGUGUUUUUUGGCUCAAUUGUUUACAGCAUGACAUAGAAAUUUGUUCCAUACAAUGUGAUUUAGCUCAAUUGUUUUCACUGUACUCAAUGAGCGCUGAACCUGUGAAAUUGUACUCCGAGACGUGAUAUCAGCACAAGAAUUGAUUAGCUCUAUGAUCAGUACAGCAGAUACCAGAUAACCAAAAU